CCUAGCUGGGAGCAAACUAAGCUCCCAGAAACUACAAGGAAUCUACAGUUAAAUGUAGAAGUUGAAAGAACUAGAGGACAGGACCUUCAUUAUAACACUCCUGCCCUUGACAGAGCAUUACAAGAAGAGAAAGAUGAACACUUCUCCACAGCACAGGAUACUAUGAGUAUAUUAGAAACAACAAUAGAAGCAACAAUGCAUAGUGGAAAAAUUCCCAUGGCUGAGAAUGAAAUCAAGUUUUUACCAGAAAAUCUGUACCUCAACACAAACAAACAAAUUGAUGCUGCAUAUACACAGAACCAAUCUGGAUCAUCAGAAAUGGAUACAGAACCUACAGAAUCAGAGGCCUCAGAGCAAAGUCACAAGGAUGAUAAUAUAGAAACAAAACUGAUAGAAGAUAACAAGUGCUUAGUGGAGAAAGGGAAAUGGUCAGAAGACACAAAACCGAAAAUGAAAUUAAGCCUCAAUUUUUUACAAAAUUAUGACAUGCUUCAAGCAAGUGCUCAUAAUAAUACAUGCUUGGUCUAUUACUGCUUAAAAUUUGCAAAUAUUGAACAUGAACUUACAUUCGAAGAAGUAAGAAGAAAAAUGGAAGAGAUAGAAACAGAUAUGAAGGUUGACUUACCAAAAUUCCCAGAAGGGAUUCCACAAAAGGGGCAUAAUAUUUUACCUUUUGAACUUUUAAUUACGGAUAGAAGACUCACAAAGCAUCUAUACAAGCUUUGA